AAUUUUAAACCAGCUGUCAGGCACAACACAGCCCAAAAUACUUGAUAGUGUGGAAUGUGAAGGGUAGUGGUGCGCGUUGUUUUUAUUACACAGCUGCCUUGCGCCGUUUGUUUUCGUUUUCGGAACAAUAUUUUUUAUUUACUAGAAAUCUUAAUAUUCUUUUAUUGCAAGUACGAUUGAUUGGUGAAUAUAGUUAGUGUUAUUGCAGACCAAAGAAAGUUUUGCUAAACAAUUAUUACAAUAAUAACAACAAAACAGAUAAAUAUGACAGAAACAAUGGAUCAAGAACAGGUUGUGAUGACCCCUAAAUGCAAAACGCACAACUCCACAACUCUAAUAAUAGAGAGACGUAAAAUAAACAAAACAAAUGACAAAAUGCAUGUAGCUGGAGGAGAGCACACAGGCAUAGUUAUAAAUAAAGAAGCAACAUCAGAAAACGGUGUAUCAUCGCCAGCUCAACUUUCCCUAGAAUUCCGAGUAUUUCUAGUAAGCAAAGAAACUGGAAAACACACACCAGAAUCUCGAACGAUUAGAUUUUGGUUUAGAGAAAAUAGUAACCUGCAAGAUGAGCCUGAUGGUGGGCAAGCAGGUGUAGCUCAAGACUUUUUUAGAGAAUUAGUUAGUCCUAAAGAAUUUCCUCGAGAUUAUGUUGGUUUCAUUAAAAAAAUUAUGAAAUUAAUGCAGCACAAUUUCAAAAGUAUAGUCAAAUUAGAAGUUGAAUUAAGGCAGUUAGAAGAAGCAACUGAAGUUCCGCCUCGACCACCUCCUGGAUAUUGUCGAAUUGAUCUAGAUCACGCAUCAAUUGUUUCAGCAGAGGAAAACUCUUUAGGCCAUAUUGUUGUAUUAACAGUAGAAAAAGUUUUGGAAAUCAUCGAAUCUGCUUAUCCAAAUCCAAUUACAAUUAAAGAUAUAGCGAGGGAUAAUGGUUGGGACGAAGAAGAAGUGGCUCAAUGCAUUGCUGCAUUACAAUCUCGACAAGUAGUAAAAGCUAUGGAACAUGGUGCUUUCACUCGUCAACAAUCUCACGACACCCACCAAGUAACUAUAGUAAAGCAAAUGCCUACUGUUGCUAGUUCAAAACAACCUACAAUUGCCAUUAUAACAGCUCAGUACUGCGAAAAAUUGGCUGUAGAUGCCAUGAUUGAAAAUAAAGAGACUUACGUCAGAUACACUACAGUUGGUGAAUCGAAUGUGUACACUCUAGGAAAUAUAGGUGCUCAUAGAAUCGUGUGUACUAAGUUGCCUUCUGUUGGUCAUACUCGAGAAGCUAUGACAGCUGCUGGAAACACCACUACAAGACUUUUGGGAACUUUUCAAAAAGUUGACUAUGUAUUUCUAGUAGGUGUGGGUGGAGGUGUACCUCAUUAUACGGAUUAUAACAAACAUGUCAAACUAGGAGAUGUUGUUAUUUCUUAUCCAGUGAAGAACAAAAAUAUCUAUUUCUAUUGCGAAUCCGCGAAAUCUACAGACAAAGGCAACGAAUUCGAAAUUAAACCCUACCGUCCAUCAAACGGAAAAUUACAAGAAAUUGCUAUUCACUUGAAAACGUCUACUGACAAUGACAGUGGCUCAACUCCGCCAUGGUUGAAUUAUCUACGGGAUGGGUUGAAUAUUUUGAGCAAUCAAACAGAACCAGACUUUAACAUGCCCGAUUCUGAGACUGAUAAGUUAUAUAUGAGCAUAGGAGAAAAAGAUUUGAUUGAAGUUGCACAUCCUGCUCCCCAGGAUAGCUCCAGAAAACGGCUCGAAGGUUGCCCCCGUGUUCAUCUAUCCACCAUCGCUUCAGGACGUCAAGUAGUCAAAGACGACAGAUUACGCCAACAAUUCGCAAACCAAGUUGGUGCUUUGGCCUUUGAUUGUGAAUUCGAUACCGUUAUCGAAUCUAUCCUAGGUAAUUGUAAGGACAGCUUUUGCGUCAUCAGAGGAAUAUCAGACUACAAAGAUGGGACUAGGAGAAAGGAAUGGCAACCUUAUGCAUCUCUCGCUGCCGCUAGUGUUAUGAAAGCGAUUAUUUGCGGAUUAGAAAAUUAAAUUCUUUUCAUUCAAAUAACUUAUGAUAGUAACACUGAUUUUUAUUUCAUUAUGGACAAUAAUUAAGGAAUUCUGCGAUAUAUUACAGUAAACGAGGGAUCAUGUUAUAAAAAUAUCCAAUUUUGACCAACAAUCGGGAAAAUUUAUGUAAGGGCACAACUGGGCUUAACUUAUUUCAACUAUCUCUAAAAAAUAUCCAAAUAUUGGUGACUCAAUAGAUAAAAUUAAAUUGUGUUUAAUAAAAGUAACUUCACAAUAGUCUUUAAUUCAGUUCUGCUACUCCAGCUAGAAAGAGCUGAAGAACCAAUAUAGUUAUUAUAACCUAUUAAUUUUUUUAUCAUUAAAUUGUCUUGUAAGUUUCAGAAAUAAGUAUUUGUGUACUUCUACAUCAUGUCGCGCGUCAUAGUAGUUUUUCUCUGUAUUACUUCAAAUUUUUCAUUGUAUCAUUAUGUAUUUAUAAUGACCAUAUUAACUCAUACUAUUUGACACACCUAGUUACUGUAAAAUUUCGUAUAAUUCUGGUAUCACACUCCUCCAAAAGAUUAAAUACAGGCUUAAAUGAAAAUUUUCGAAGGAGCAAACGAAAAAGUCGAAAUUCAUAAUAAAUUGAACCAUCUAGAAUUGAAAAAAAAAAUCUGAAAAACGAUUAUAUCCACCUUUGGCAUAAAUAGCAUCCUGGUAUAUUCAACCCCUACCUAAAAAAAAUAUUUCCAUUUGAUUCAAUUUUUCCCAGAUUUAAAUAAACAUUACCUACUCUUGAUUAUUCAAUUGGGUUUGUUCAGCGCUUUCCAUAAGUUUUCUGUGGUAUUGAAGUCUGGAAUACAGGAUGCCGAUUUCCAAGUAUUUUAACAAAUAAUUUUUGAAAACCAGUCCAGCAUAUGAACGGAUGGCAUUAUCUUGCAUUUUCGCCCAUAUAUAAAUCAAAAGGGCCUACAUGCUAUUAAUGAAGUGUCAGCGGUAAUAAUUCCCCAGUAUUAGGUCGUGUAUGUUGUCAGUAAAUAUCUCCUCAAAUCAUGAUAUUAGUCCUUCUUCAAAUAAUGUGGAAAGUUGCAUUACGUUCAUUGGAUCUUUAAAAUGUUGUAAAGACAAUAUCUGGACUCAUCUGUAAAUAAUACACAUUCCUAGCCAGACUAAAUACUUCUUGUUUUCCUGCAAAAGGUCACCUUCUUCUUUGUUAAUCAAAUAGUGAUAUAGGACACCAGAGAGCAAUUCUAGAUUUCAAAUUAGAUUCUUCUAAGUCUAAAAUCGAUAAGUUCCGGCACUGGUAAACCUUGUACCUCAUGCUGUUGAAUUUGUAGGGUAUGGCAUGUGUCAAAAACUAAGAACUGUGCCUGGAUUGGUGUUGUGAUUCUAUUUCACUCCUGUUCCUUUGGUCAUAAUCUGUUUCUUCCUAUGUAGGACCUGCUGUUGUUAUAUAAGUUCCAAGGACCAUUCCCGUAAUAGUGCCAUUUAGACACAUUCACUGCGAUUCAAAUUUAAAAUUAGUCUACAUUAAUUUUUUGGAGAAGUAUAUUUUUAACAAUACAUUAAUUCAACCAAAUAUUAAAAACCUAAAUAACUUUUUAACUGUUGCAUUUAUUUUGUACUUUAGAAAAUGUAAGCGAUUUCAUUGAAAUUAUUUUAGUAGAGAAACGAGGUAAAUUUAGAUAUUUGUGAUCAAACUAAAUCUAUUGCAACUAAUAAAGAUACUAGGUAACUAAAUAAUCAUCUAGAUUAAGAAGUAUCAACGAGGAAAAAUAUUAAUAAAAAAAACUUAGUGGGCACAAUUUAUUUUAAGAAUUUAUAAUAGAGUACUGAUUACAGGGUGUUCUAAAAAUUUCUAAUUUUUUUAUUUUUCAAUUUUUUUGUCUAUAAUUUUUGUUAAUAGCUGUUAUACAGAAUACUAUAUCGAUUCACCUAUUUCUAUUUCAUACAAAGUAUCCUCAGAAUAUUCCGGUAUUCAAAUGGCCUACAAAUAUUUCUUUGACAGGUGUCCAUAUUAAUAAAUAAUAGUUCAUUCAUCUAAAUUUUCUCUCAAGUAUACUGCCGCGCCCUGUAAGUUAAAAUAUUAAACAAUAUCUUUAGAUUUUAGAAUAAUCACUCUAUAAUAUUGAAUAAAAAUGAUUAAUACAAAUUAACAGUAGGAUGUUUACAAUAUUCUAAAUUUUACGAAAGUUACCAAAAAUAGUGAUAUAUGACUUUUAUUCUACAGUAAAACAAGAUGUUUGAUUUUAUAUCAAAUUGUCUAUUAUUCCAUUUUGAAUGAAAUCAGUUAUAAAUUUGCUUAUUUUUUAAAUAAAGAAAAAUCAUUUAUACACAUUAUCGAAUUUAGUUACUGAAUCGGUCAUUUCAAAAACCUCAUAUGUCACUCAUUUAGAAUUUUUCAAAAAUCAAUAAAAUAAAUACAAACAAAUGAGUUUUCAAGAACUUUUUUAUGUUUAAUUUAGUAUUUGAGUGGUAAAAAAUUCAAAUAACGAAUAAACUUCACAGUUUAUUGAUAGAAAUAAUGAAAAAAAUAUAAAAAUCAGUUAUUGAUUUAUGUUGUUUUAGCGGGGUUAGGGGUAUAUAAUGUAACCAAAACAAUCGUAGUAAUCAUAUUUUUUAAUGCUUAUAAUAGAGUUACACUUAAAAAUAAUCUUAUUAACAUUUUACAUGUAUUAAUUUGUCAUGUUUUAAUGCAUUGAUGGUACAUAGUCAUAUUCUCCAUCAUUUUCUUCUGGACUAUCUUCAACAUUUGCAGUUGGCCAGCUAAAAAUGUUAUAAAACGGCAUAUGCUCUCCCGAAAUACUGACUUGAACUUGUUUUAAAUCGUAUAUUUUCUUUUUAUUGAUGGGCACUUUCAAAGCAUAGGCUUUGGUUGAAGGAAGUGAAACCGAAGUUAUAAUUUUUUUUAUUAAUGAGAAUGAACGUUUAAUCAAUCUAUCAAUAUAUUCCUCGGCUACGAUAGUUCCUUUCGAUCUGAAUCAUACUGAAAACUCAUGUAUGUCAAAGUUGCGAAUGACUUUAUCUGGUCCUUUAGGACAUUUUUUCCAUAGGAUUUAGUUGACAAACAUGUUUUUUGUACAAAUUUAGCCACCAUUUCUCAAAUUCUAAAACAUCUUCAGUUUUUAGCUCUAUGACUGUAAAUGUUGAGCUGGGGUUCGAAACCAAAUCAAUGUAUUUGUCUUCGCAAGUUAUACAUUUGUCGACUUGUGGUCGACCAAAUCUUAGGGAAAAGUUUUCAUUAAAGUAUUGUAAGUAAAAUUUGUAUUUUACACUGAGAUGUGCAUAUUUUUCGUUAAAAAUUGAAUGCAUUUUUUUGACAUCCAAUCGUGCAUCGAGAUAUUCUUCUCCUAUAUAAUGUGUCUUUUUCCUAGGAAAGCAGAGGAAUUGUUCGUGUAUUUUUUGGUAUAUUUCAGAAGGCACUGUAUUUGCUUUCGGGUGACAACCUCUGUUAUCUGUAGGACUCUUCCCUUCAUUAAGCAAAUCACAAAGACAAGUGAACUUCAAAUAUGACAUUAAUGGCGAUGGUUUACGAAAUAUUGUUAAACCAAUCAAAACAAAGCAAAUUUAAAAACGUCCUUCUCAGUCAUAAACUCUCCUGCCAUCUAGUAGUGCAUGCCAUGUCACUGACUAAUGUUGUUUAUACAAUGAACAUCUCUCACACGGUAUUAUGGAAACAGGAAGGAAUGUAUUGACUUCGUGGUUUUCACCUAGAAUACGCAUUUUCAUUUAAGAAACUAUUUUGAGUAAAAAAGGCAUUUUGGAAAAAAGUGUGACUUAAGAGGUUUUUGAAAUGACCGAUUCAUUUAAAUUUUAUAUUCACUCAUUUUGAUCUCCCCCAAGCAUCUGGUAUUAGCAAUCAUGAAUUUUUGUUGAAAAUAUUAUGAAAAAUAAAAUAAUCCAUUUAAACAAUUUUAGUAGUUAUUGAACUGUUUUUACCCAGAAUGUUUUUUAAUUAUUUAAACACAUUUUAUCAUAAAAUCAAACAUCAACACGAUUUAGCUAAAAUCUAUUUUACUUGAAAGUUUUAAGCAUAUUUUAUGUAUUUAUUUAUUUUUAUACAAAAAUUAUCUUAUACUUAAAGAAAACUUGAUCUACUUACAUCAAUAAUUGAUAAUCAAAAAUUAAUUCUCAAUUCUAUAAGAGGAAACAGACAAUUCUCAAAAGUAUAUAUGUCACAUAAUAUAGUUAUAUCCCUAGGGAUAUAGGUGUACACAGUAACAUGUCUAUAGAAAAACGAAUUAUUACUAUCUUGGAGCAUAAUUAUAAUACGGUCAAUUUUACUCUUAAAUAAUUAUAUUACUUGAUAAAAUAAUAUAUUUGUAAGCGUACAGUGCAGAAUCCUCGAUGUUGUGACGUUUCCGGGGCAUAUUAAUGGCACUUGUUUCUAUUCAAAUUGAUUUUAUCUAUAGAUAAUGUUUGAGAAAAUAGUUUAACGACUUUUUGGACAGGAACUACAUCUAUUAUAUACUAUAUCUAGGUUCAUAUAUAGAUUUAGUAAUAUAUUGUUUCGAUAGUAAAUUUUUAACCAUUUAAACAGAGUCAUAUAAAAAUAUGGCUAUACUGCGAUCGUAUUAUCUUUAUUUUCUUAGUAAUAUGAUUAAAUUGCUUUUAAAUUACUAUGUGACAGUAUAUAAUUAUAUCCCUAGGGAUAUAUUUAUAUUACGACUUUAUCUACCAUACUGUUGCACAACAAAAGUUAAGAAAGUUUGUUAAUUUUGAUUUUGUAUUUAAACAAAUUACUGAGUGUUUAUAUAUUACAUAAUCUAUAUUUUUCAUUUUAUGUGUACUUUUUGUACCCUUUUGCACAAUAUCCUUGCAGUUUGAAAGAAUUUGAGGUCUUGUAUCAUAUCUUAUUAAAAAUUAAACUACAUACAUAACUUUCCUCUAACAUAAAUUACAGCCAAACAAUACCUAUGCAUAUUUUCAAUCAGGUCGUACCAUUGGUAGAUUUGUCUGCAAAAUCUUGGUUAGGUAAGUAAGUUCUUGAGGUGUCUGCGGGUUUGGUUGGUAGGAAUUCAAGUCUCUUUAUAACUAGUCCUAAGCAUGUUCCAGCAUUAUUGACUAAAAAGAGCAGCAUGAAACAAACAUAUAA